AUGGAUAGCCCCACAGAAACCACAGAGAGCACUGCCGCGCAGCGUGCAUUGAUGAUACACGAGGUUGUGGGCCUGAUCGUCGAGCAUAUCUGGAAGAGUAUCGCAUGGAGCCGAGUGCAGUCCAGGGACAGGGAGAUCGCUCUCGCUCUCAAAAAGCCUGAAGAACUCGAUGGCAGCAGUGACCGUGUGGAAUGGAAAACAGGAACUCUUUUGAACUGCGCCCUUGUCAACAAGCUCUGGUCUUCAGAGUCAAUGCGCCAUCUCUGGAGCGUCUCGGAGAUGAGCCAUGUCAUUUGGAAGAAUAGCCUCCCUCUAGAAGGUUGGAAAUCUUGCCUCAUCGGGCGGUUCAGAAAGAUCGAACCUGCACGCCGACAGUAUUAUGCUGAUUUUAUCAGGUCCGGCUCAAAUUUGGACUUCUUUUUGAAUCCUCAUGGUGCAGACCUGUUGGAAGGCAUUGAACUCACAAAGGUGAACCAUUUUUUCUUGCUAAUGCCCCUGUUUGAACCCCCGGGCUGUUAUUAUCUGCCAUUUGUCAAGGUUCCCAAUCUAAUAGUUCACCCGGGUCUUUCGCAUUCCUGGGAUGCCGCUGCCUGUUCCAAGUUUCUCAAAGACGUUCUGGUCCACUUCCCCUCUUUGAAAACACUCCAACUGGUAAAGUGCAAGCAUCGUUACCCGGAUCCCCAGGAUAUUCUGGCUGACACUGCUCGAAAUCUUAAAGAGUUCGAAGGGAUUGAAGUCUUCAAAGUCUCCUACAACCAUGUAUUCUCGAGAGAUAUUUGCCAAUAUCAAAACAGCGAACCUCUGCCUUUUCUGCAUCUUGGCAGGAGUGAGGAGAAGGAGAAGGAGAAGAAGGAGGAGGAGGAGGAGGAGGAGGAGGAGAAGUAG